GAUAGAGACAGAGAGUCUUGACUUUGACCAAAGCUGAUUUAAUGGGGGAAAAUAAGGUAUGGUGGUUUCUGCCUUGAGAGGGGAGGAUCACAGCUCACCAGUGACGAGUUCCAGUUUUUUUUUCGUCGGUCUCCAUUUCUGCGUCAGGAGAAGAAAGGAUCGAGCUUUCGCACCGCUUUCGGAUUCAUGGACUUGCGCACGAACAAUCUCGUACUGGGUCUGCUCCUGAUAGUUGCAAUCUUCAGAGCUCCAGGUGUCGGCGCAUGGACUGGUGAGAUUCGCGGCAGGGUUGUCUGCGACGUCUGUGGUGAUUCUUCAAUCGGACCCGAAGACCACGUUCUCGAAGGGGCGGAGGUUGCAGUUCUUUGCAUAACCAAAUCCGGAGAGGUUGUGAACUACCAAGCGUUCACGAACUCCAAAGGCGUAUACACAGUGGCUGAAACCAUGCCCGAGAGCGAGCGGUGGGACGCCUGCCUUGCCAGACCCAUCAGCAGCUUCCAUGAGCUCUGCAACCGGCCGAGCCCUGGCAGUGCCGGGAUCAAGUUCACUUAUAAACGACCCUCGGGUUACUUUCACAAUGUCAAGCCUUUCGUCUAUCGACCUGAAAACUCUCCUUCCUAUUGCUGAUUCAAGAAUCAGAAGCAAGAAAGCUUAAAGGCUUGAAAAGGACAGGGUACUUGGCAUGUUAAAAACCCUUUGGCAAUAAUGAGGAGAAACUCUUUUACUUGAAAAUGUUCAUGUGGAAGUACCUGAAGGCAAAUUCAAACUUCUCAAUCUUUUUUUUU